AUGUUUCGGUACCUUGCCUUGGCAGCUCUAUCCGUGCAGGGAGCUUUUGCGCUCUCAUCCGCACAAUGGCGACAACAGUCAAUUUACGAGCUCAUCACGGAUAGGUUCGCCUUGACCAAUGGAUCAACGACACAGCCGUGCGACUGGGGAAACUACUGCGGUGGUACCUUCCAGGGUAUCAUCAACCACUUGGACUACAUCCAGAACAUGGGGUUUACAGCUGUGAGUCAGACCAACGGAAUGCUCCAGCGAAAAAUGUCGCACUGAUAAAUUGCAGAUCUGGAUUUCUCCUGUCAUUGCCAAUAUUGAUACCAACACCCCCUACGGGAGGCCAUACCACGGUUACUGGCCAAUGGACAGCUACUCCAUCAACCCGCACUUUGGCACCGCCGCGGACCUCAAAUCGCUCUCUUCUGCUCUGCAUCAGCGUGGCAUGUACCUGAUGAUAGAUGUCGUGCCAAACCACAGCGCAUGGAAUGGUUCACCAACGUCCAUCAACUUUACUCAGCUCAAUCCAUUCAAUCAGGCGUCCUACUACCAUAUGCCAUACUGCCCAAUCGACUACAACAACGCAACGAGUCUCGUUGAUUGCUGGAUUGGAGACACCACCGUGUCACUUCCUGACCUCAAGACCGAAGACCCAACUGUGCAGUCGAUGUGGAACAGCUGGGUCAGCAACUUUGUCGCCAACUACUCCGUCGAUGGUCUCCGCAUUGAUAGCGCCAUGGAGAUGAACAAGGGAUUCUUUCCAAGCUUCGUCAGUUCUUCUGGCGUCUAUGCUGUGGGAGAGGUUGUCAACGGAGAUCCAGCUGCCCUGUGCGAUUACCAGAACUACAUGCCUGGAAUGACCAACUACGCCCUCUACUACUGGCUGCAGCGUGCAUUUGGGUCGUCAAGUGCGACGAUGUCAGAAAUCACCAACAACAUUGCCUGGCUGAACUCGACCUGCCAGGACACGACUCUGCUGGGCAAUUUCAUUGAGAACCACGAUAACGCUCGCUUUACCCAGACCACCAACGACUCCAGCCUGAUCCAAAAUGCCAUCGCCUUCACGAUCCUGGGUGAUGGUAUCCCAAUCAUUUACUACGGACAAGAGCAGGGCUUUACCGGAUGGGGAGAUCCAUACAACCGCGAGCCACUGUGGCCGUCUGGAUACAACACCGGCACAACGCUGUACAAGUUCAUCGGCAAGAUCAACGCCCUGAGAAAUCGGGCCAUCUCGCAAGACUCCGGCUAUUCGUCGACAAAGGCCAACAUCAUCUACUCCGACUCCAAGACGCUCGUGACAAGCAAAUUCGGAGUUGGAGCGCCCGUCAUAUCCGUCUUCAACGAUGAUGGGGCUGGCGCUCCGUCGCGAUCCGUGACCUUCGCGAAUAGCAAGUCCAGCUUUGGCGCAGGCACUGCAUUUGUCGAUAUCGUCAGUUGCACUCAGUACACUACGGAUGUGAACGGAAAUCUCAAGAUCACCAUCUCCAACGGAGCUCCGAUGGUGCUGUUCCACACGGGCGGUCUGACCGGCUCAGGGCUGUGCAGCUCCGUCACCACCGUUGCGCCGCCGACGGCAACGCCAACAUCCACCGCUGCCAGAAUCACCUCCCCUUCCACGACGUUCGCCACUUCCACGACCAGCUCCUGCACGGCCUCGGCCACGGUCGUCUUCAGCGUGAACGCCACCACCUCCUGGGGCCAGGGCGUCUACCUGACCGGUUCCGGUCCCGAGCUGAACUACUGGAAUACUUCCUACGCACUUACCUUGUCCGGCAACAGCUACCCGAUCUGGACCGUCAGUGUCCCCUUUCUGCCCGGGAGAUCCGUUCAGUACAAGUACAUCAAAGCCGCCAACGGUGCCAUUACCUGGGAAAAUGGCGCCAAUCGCAAUUUGCAGGUUCCGACGUUGACCGGCUGUCAGCCUGCGACUGUGUCGCAGAGCGAUAUUUGGCAGAACUAA